CUUUUUUUUUCUCUUUCUUCCUUAUUUUCUUUGACGGAAAAUUAAUUAUGGUCAUCUCCUUCUGCGCUCCAUCUCAUAUCACAUCUUCUCCUUCCUUUGAUUCUGCUUCUCCUUGUCCUCUCCUUCCUCUUCCUCUUCCUCUUCCUACUCUCUUCUGCAGUUCGCGCCUGAUGCAUCUCCUUAAAACAGCCAUCGAUCCAUCUUUCUGGGUUUCCUCUAACCGCCGUCGAUCCACUGACGGAUGCGAGGCGUGGAGCAGCGGUGGAGGACUCGUCUUGUUCAUGACCAGAUCUGUACCUAUUUUGAGGACGGCAGCGUCGAUCUAGGAGGAAUUCAAGCCGGAGAGUAGCCGUCAAAGCUUCCUUUGCCAGGAUCCGUCGUCUCCGAAGUCCGCCGCCGAUGAAGCUGUACGAAGCAUCCGUUGUCUCCGAAGUUCAAGCCAGAGAGUUAUCGGGUAGGAGCUUGUGUGUGGUGGGAAGUCGGCUCUGAAGGAUGAUAGAUUAGGUUAAUUUCUUUUGGUAUUAUUCCCGGUUAAACCUGUUGGUUUGAUCUGAUUUCAAUUUUGUAAAUUUUAUUUCUUUUCUGGUUUGGAUCUUUAAUAUAAUAAUAUUUAAAAAAUGUCAAUUGCUUUUA